AUGCCUCGCCAGGGAGACGGAUCCUCAGACAAUGGCCCUAUUGAGGCGGGCGAGAACCUGAUUCACGGCGCCUCUGGAGACACCACUCUCAAGCACGCCCAGAAAGUUGCGCCCCUCCCGGAAGCCGAGAAAGGCGCUGCCAUCGAGGGCAUGAACGCAUCUGGCGGCGGUUCUGCGGGAACUAACCAGGGCGCACACGCGAACGACAGCAACAAACCGCCUAUUGUGGACCAGGUCACGAAAUCUUAG